AUGGAUCUUUAUCGGAGCUCGAAGAUCAUACUCUUGAUCCUUUCAAUUUUAUCUCCCGCGGCAUUCUUAAUGCGCUACGAGCUACUUUCUGGCCACAUGAAAUGCAUCUCCGAGGAGAUUCACGCGAACGCAAUACUUGUCGGCAAAUACAGCAUCGAGGAGAAGAAUACUGAAGGCAAAGAAGGAGAUGAAGACGAGAAACAUGAAGCUCUUCCUAAAGAAUCAAAGCAUCAUACGAGAGAACGAGGCACUAAAGAAGAAAGCUCUUCUUCUCCACCAAGAAAACAGUGCUCUCUUCUCUCUGCUUCAUUCACAACUCUCCCCUGUUUAAUCCUCCUUCCUUUAGUGAUCUUCUUGAUAAAAAAGAAACCCUGUUUCUUAAUUACGUUUGUACUACCUGUUCUUGUAGCCCUCCCUAGAGACCUAAAUCUAUGUAUGUACUAA